AUGGAUAGACUUAGGUUGGAUCCCUUUGAGACUCCAACUAAAAAGCCCAACCCGUCAUCUGAUAGACAGGGUGCAUCAAAGCUACUUCCAUUCGAAGAUGAUAGCACCAGCCCAGAGUCCAGCACAGAUCCCAGCCCACCAGCUACAGGCUCACGAGAACUGGAGAAACUUCUGUACCCUCCAACAAAGGACGAAAAAAUUGUGAAUACAGCGCUGAUAGUAUUCCUCAAUGCUCUGACCACCCACUUCGAUUUCUACUCGAACUGGACCUUGCACAGAAAGCCAUUUGUGGCUAUCUUUGAAAACGCCCAGUUUGAAGCAAGGACAGACGGCUAUCUUGAUAGUCCUGCCGGGAAGACCAGGGUGCUUAUUGAGGUCAAACCUGUCAAAAGAUCUCAAAAUCAUCUCCCUAUCCAGAUGCAGGAGAGCGCCCAAAUGGUCGCUUGGAUCAGAAGUGAUGACGACCUAUCACAGCGCACUAACACCACGUAUGAAUUUAUCCUUUCUUGGGUCAACUAUGGAUAUUGUUGA